AUGUUAACAUGUGUUGGUUUUUGUGUGGGUCUAGGAAAUGUGUGGCGUUUCCCCUACCUCUGUCAGAGCCAUGGAGGAGGGGCAUUCAUGAUCCCGUUUCUCAUUCUACUGGUCCUCGAGGGUGUCCCACUGUUGCAUCUUGAGUUUGCCAUUGGACAGCGUCUACGGAAAGGCAGUGUGGGGGUGUGGAGUUCCAUUCACCCAUAUUUGAAAGGAGUGGGUAUAGCAUCAAUGAUGGUUUCAUUCCUGGUUGGUUUAUAUUACAACAGUAUAAUUGCCUUGGUUAUGUGGUACACCUUCAACUCAUUCCAAGACCCUCUACCCUGGAGCAGUUGCCCAACAACAGAUAACAAUACAGCAUUUGUUGAUGAAUGUGCCAGGAGCUCUCCAGUAGAUUAUUAUUGGUACAGGGAAACCUUAAACAUUUCACGCAAUAUCAGUGAUUCAGGUACUAUCCAGUGGUGGCUGUUACUCUGUCUUAUAUCUGCUUGGGCUGUGCUGUAUGUAUGCACAAUCAGAGGCAUUGAAACAACUGGCAAGGCUGUGUAUGUUACCUCCACUCUUCCUUAUGUUGUUCUUACUAUCUUCCUGAUUCGAGGGUUGACAUUAAAAGGAUCUGUUGAUGGAAUAAUAUUUCUCUUUACACCAGAUGUGAAAGAGUUGUCAAAUCCGACCACCUGGUUAGAUGCUGGAGCACAAGUGUUUUACUCCUUUUCCUUGGCUUUUGGGGGUCUCAUAUCCUUCUCCAGUUAUAACUCUGUUCACAACAAUUGUGAGCGAGACGCUGUGAUAAUCUCUGUCAUCAAUGGCUUCACAUCAGUGUACGCAGCCACAGUAAUAUAUUCCAUUAUUGGUUUCCGAGCAACAGAGCAACUUGAUACAUGUUUUGAUAACAAUAUCUUGAGCUUGAUGAAUGCUUUUGAUCUGCCAGAAACCAAUUUGACCAGAGAAAACUAUGAUGAAAUGGUUCAAUAUUUUAACGCCACCUCCCCUGAAAUUGUAUCUAAGCUGGAUUUGAAGAUCUGUGAGCUGCAAUCCCUGCUCAGUCAGGGUGUCGAAGGCACAGGAUUGGCGUUCAUUGUCUUCACUGAAGCUAUUACAAAAAUGCCUGUCUCUCCAUUAUGGUCCAUCUUGUUCUUCAUCAUGUUAUUCUGUCUUGGUCUUUCUUCAAUGUUUGGAAAUAUAGAAGGCGUGCUGGUACCGCUAGAAGAUAUGAAACUCCUCCCAAAGAAGUGGCCCAAGGAACUUAUUACCGGCCUGGUUUGUCUGGUUUGCUUUUUUAUAGCUUUCAUAUUUAUCUUAAACUCUGGAAACUACUGGCUGGCCCUCUUUGAUGCCUAUGCCGGCUCCAUCCCUCUGCUGAUCAUCGCUUUCUGUGAGAUGGUGUCUGUUAUAUACAUUUACGGCGCCGACAGGAUAAUACAUUUGUAUCUAGCACAUUGUCCUACGACAUAACCAACCUAAAGGUUAAAGGG